CAGCCCGCCGACGCCAACAGCUGCGGCGCCACAACGCGCCACAGACCACAGCCAGCAAAAAAGCAUGAUCGUCUACGCCCUCGUCGCGCGGGGCCGCACGGUGCUGGCCGAGUUCACGAGCCAACGGGGCAACUUCUCGACAGUAACGAGAGCUCUCUUAUCAAAGAUCCCGGCCGCGGACGGCCGCAUGUCUUAUGUGUGCGACGACCACGUGUUCCACUACCAAGUUGUCGACGGCAUCACGUAUCUGUGCAUGGCCGACCAGGAAGGUAAAAGAAGAAUAGCCUUCGCCUUCCUGGAGGACGUGAAGCGGCGCUUCGAGUCGAACUACGGUUCCUCAAAACACGACGCGGCCCCGUUCGCGCUCAACGCGGACUUCGCCCCCACACUAGAGCGGCAGCUGACCUUCUACAACUCGGACCCCUCGUCGGACGACCUACAGCGCGUCCAGACGCAGUUGGAAGCGGUCAAAGGGGUGAUGGUCGAAAAUGUGGAAAAAGUGCUGGAACGGGGCGAGAAAUUCGAGUUAUUGGUGGACAAGACGGACCGGUUGGCGCGCCAGGCGUUCCGCUUCGAGUCGUCCUCCCGAGAGCUGAAGUCGGCCAUGUUCUGGCGCAAGGUCAAGAUGUACUCCAUUUACUUUGGCGUCGCUGCCGUUCUUGGAUUGAUCUUGGUGUCGUGGGCCUGCGGCGGCGUGACGGCUCCGAGUUGUAGAUCUAAACCUGAUGCGAAACGGCGGCUCGUGUAACAAACAUGUGAUUAAACCUAGCGGCGACGGCGUCAGAGCUCGGCGCCGCCUCGCGUCGGCCCUCGCGCGGGCGCACGCGGCCGCGGCGGGCACUUGCGGCAGGAAACCGGGCAGUGCUCGGCCAUCCAGUCGCGCAUCUCGUCGCUGUCGCACUCGCCCUCCUCCGCCCAGUCGCUACAGUCGAUGUUGCGAUCGUGGCAGUCGUCGGCUGACGCGACGGCGAGCAGCGCCAGCGUCGCGCGGGCGAGCCAUCGCAUCGAUGCAGCUGUCACCCGACCAGACAAAGCCAGUUGGUUAGCCCUGCGGCCCGUAGCUGAUUCCUGCGGCAGAGCACUGAGGGUUGGGAGAGCAGAUCUCUGCGAGAGAGCCGAAGCGAUGCUCAACGACUGCGACAACAAAGCGUCGUACUUGAGGCAAGCCUAAGCGCACGCGUGUGCUCAAAAGCUCUUGCCACUGGAUGAGCUCUGGCCCGGCACAGCCUGCCU